CAAUUUGGUAGUCGAAAUCAGAAUCAACUCGUUCGCUGAGCAAUCAACAAGCCUUUCUUCUACUCCUUCAACUUCUUCACAAAACCCCUCAACAACAACAUGAAGUUCGCCAUUGCCGUAGUCAUGUUCGUGUGCGCCGUCGCCGGUGCUCAGGCUUCGUGGGCCGCGAUUGCUCCAGGUGUCUCCUAUGUGAACUCGGUGGCCCAUGGCAGUCCCGCUCUGUGGGGAGGUGCCUGGAAUGGUGCCUGGAACGGCGCCUGGAAUGGUGCCUGGAACAACGGCUGGGCCGGCCCAGCUUCCGUCGCCGUCCAGGCCGCUCCCUGGGGUCUCGGUCCUCUCGGCUGGAACGCUGGUAUUCCCGGCAUUGCCCUAGCUCAGGGUCCCGGUCCCGCUGCCCUGGGUCCCCAUGGUCCUGAGGGUGUCUAUGUUGCCAAGACUCGUGGUGCCAUCCACACCGCUCCCCUUGCCGGUCACAUCAACUCUGCCACCUCCGUGAAUGUGGCACCUGCUCCCGGUACUCUGUAAAUGCUGCCAAAAACACCCACAACAUGCCAAAUGAAGUGAGCGGCAGGCGGGGCAGGACAACAGUCGGGAGUGAACCGUGCGAAGCAGGCGCAACCAGUUGUUGUCUCUCUCUCACUCUACGCUAUCCACUUCUUUUCACGAUUUCAACGACUCUCUACUCGGAUACUCUACCACCACCACCACAACACAACCACCCAUUAGUUAUUAAGCACACCGCUCUUAGUCCCGUUUGCGAACCCGAGAACCACUCGGUUCUUCAACUGAAACACACUCGCACUCACGCGCACAUUUGAGUUAAAUCUGUGUUCAGCAAAUAAGUCCAACAACUGCAAUUACAACAACUACAACCAACAAAUAACAGCAUGUUAAUUUCUUAUUACUUGAGAACUUUACAAACCACCUGCCUAUCCGACAAUUCCUCUUAUACUUCUUCAAUCUACCUAUCUAUCUAUCUGUCUAUUGCAACAAUAUACUUUCUAUCUAUCACACUCGA